UGCCUGGGUCUUGGAAAACGAAACAACUCUUUCCCACGUGGACUCUAUUCAUUAGAGAAGAAACAAGAUGAAACGAAGUGACCAUUUCUCUCGAGUCCUUCUUUUUGCAAUUCCACCACCACCACCACUGCUGAUCUAUAAAUGACAAACGAAGUGGAUUUCAACCCUCAAGUUAACAAUUAGGUCCUGAGCAUGCUACCAUCAAAGAAGCCAAAAAGGGCCAAGAAGUCUGUCUUAGCUGGAAACCAUAAAAAAUCUGAGCUUCUUUCUUGAUCUGGAGGUUUGCAGGUUUUGGAUAGGGAUAUGGAUUCUUCUUCUUCUUCUUCUUCUCCUCCUCUUCCUUUUCCUGCUCCCCUUCAAGAAAAGUACGAUGUGUUUCUUAGUUUCAGAGGUGAGGACACACGCGAUGCUUUUACCAGCCAUCUUCACAAGGCUUUACUUCGGAAGAACAUUGACACCUACAUAGAUAACAGACUUGAGAAAGGAGACGACAUUGGACCUACCCUUCUAGAAGCAAUCGAGAAAUCGAAACUUGCACUAGUCAUUUUCUCAAAAGACUAUGCUUCUUCCACAUGGUGUUUGAAAGAACUUGUGCAUAUACUUGGAUGCAAGAAAAGCCAUGGACAUAUUGUUAUACCCAUUUUUUAUCGCAUAGAUCCAUCAGAUGUACGAAAACAAAAGGGAACUUAUGCACUUGGAGGGCUGCUUUGGAGACUUAAGAAACGUUUUAAGGGCAGUAUGGAUGAGGUGGCCAACUGGAGGGCUGCUUUGGAGGAAGCAGCCAAUAUUUCUGGGUUUCAUGAUUCAAGCAAAACAGGGACGGAGGCCGAUUUUGUUGAGGAAGUUGUUCAAGAUGUUUUGACCAAAUUGAAUCGCGAAUCGUCAAGUGAUUUAAAGGGUCUGGUUGGAAUUGAAAAGAAAAUUGAGAAAAUUGAGUCGUUAUUAUGCUUGGAUUCACCAGGUGUUUGCUGUGUAGGUAUUUGGGGCAUGGGUGGUAUUGGCAAGACCACCCUUGCUGAUGCUGUAUUUCACAGGCAAUCCUCUAAAUUUGAAGUUUGUUGUUUUCUUGCAAAUGUCAGGGAGAACUCAGAACAAACGAAUGGACUACAUCAGUUGAGAAAUAAACUUGUUGGUGAGAUAUUAAAGGAUGAAGAUGUAAAUAUCGACACUCCGUCUAUACCACAUCAUAUUCUAAUUAGGCUCAAGCGUACGAAGGUGCUCAUUGUUCUCGAUGAUGUGAAUGCUAGAAAACAACUAGAAUAUCUUGUUGGUGAUCAUGAUUGGUUUUGCCAAGGAAGUCGAAUCAUUAUAACCGCUAGAGAUAAAGGCCUGCUUGAGCAAAAAGUUGACCAUGAAAAGAUAUAUAAUGUUGAGGGAUUAGGUUCUAAUGAAGCUCUUGAGCUCUUUCAUUCGCAUGCUUUUGGAAAUAAGUCUCCAACAACAGAUCAUCCUAAGUUGUCAAGAGAGGUGGUGGAUUAUAUUAAGGGUAUUCCAUUAGCUCUUAAAGUUAUGGGGUCCUCAUUCCGUCGUUGCAAGAGCAAACAAGAGUGGGAAGUUCAAUGGAAAAAAGUGAAACGAGUUCAAAUCGGAGAAAUCCAGAAAGUAUUGAGAGUAAGUUACGAUGGAUUAGAUGACAAUGAGAAGGAGAUAUUUCUUGAUAUAGCAUGUUUUCAUAAAGGCUGUAAGAGGAAUGAUGUAGAAAGAAUGUUAGAUAGUUGUGAUUUCUUUGGGGAAGUGGGAAUCAAUGACCUUAUUGAUAGGUCUCUCAUAUCAAUUUCAGAAAAAUGGAACUGGAUAGAUUUGCAGUCAGAAGCAUGGAUAGAGAUGCAUGAUUUGGUGCAAGAAAUGGGCAGGGCAAUUGCUCGAGAACAACGCAGUAGGUUGUUCAAUGAUGAGGAUGUCUAUCAAGUAUUGACAAAUAACGAGAGAGAUGGACGUGUUCAAGCAAUAUCCUUUUCCAUGCUUGAGAAAAAGGAGUUGAAACAUGCAAACUUCGAAAAGAUGUAUCAACUGAGAUUCCUACGUGUCAAUUUUUAUUUUCCAUUAAAAAAAAUUUCUCUUGAUCUUCCCAAUUCUCUUAGAUAUCUUGACUGGGAGCGAUAUCCUUUGAAAUCUUUGCCAUCAAAAUUUUCUGCUCAAAAUCUUGUUGGCCUUAGUAUGCCGGACACCCUAGUUGUGGGGCCACUUUGGAAUGAAGACCAGAGUCAUGUGAUUGUAAAACGGAUCAGUUGUCAUAUCUCCUUCACGCAUCUAUCUGAAGUCCCAAAUCUCUGUCUUGGUUCCUCCACGCAUCUAUCUGAAGUCCCAAAUCUCUCUCGGAGUCUAAAUAUUGAGCAUAUAAAUCUUCACAGCUGUAGAAGUUUGGUUGAAAUUCCUUCGUAUUUUCAACAUCUUAGCAAGCUUACUUAUCUUAACCUUGGGCUAUGCACAAAUCUCAAAAAUCUUCCCAAGAUGCCGUGCAAUCUUGAAUUCUUAAAUUUGCAUGGGACAGCAAUAGAGGAAUUGCCUUCAUCUGUUUGGUCUCACGAAAAAAUAUCUCACUUAGAUAUUACAUGUUGUAAACACCUUAUGAGUCUUCCAAGCAACACUUGUAAGCUGAAACUCUUGGGUUCUCUUAGUCUAGAAGGCUGCACAUCUCUUUGCGAGUUUUGGGAGCUUCCCAGGGAUACAACAGUGCUAGAGUUGAGUAGUACAACAGUAAAAGAAUUGAGGAAUACAUCAAUAGAGUUUGUUGUUGGUCUCACUGCAAUUAAACUAAUCAAUUGCAAAAGCCUUGUGAGUCUCCCAACGAACAUUUGGAAGUUGAAAUAUCUGGAGACCCUUGAUCUCAGUGGUUGUUCUAACUUUCAACACUUCCCAGAAAUCUCAGAGGCUAUGGAACAUCUGGAGUUUCUAAAUUUAUCAGGUACAAUGGUUAAAGAGGUACCCCCAUCAAUUGGAAAUCUAGUUGCGCUUCGAAAAUUACACCUGGUUGAGUGCAGUAUACAAGAAAUCCCUGAUGACCUCUUUUGCUUAACCUCAUUACAAGAGUUAAAUCUGAGUUUGACCAAAAUUAAGAGCAUACCUGCAAGCGUCAAACAAGCUGCUCAACUGUCUCGCCUGUUCCUCAAUGGUUGCAAGAGCCUUGAAUCUUUACCAGAGUUUCCCCCAUUGUUGCAACGUCUUGAAGCAGAUGGUUGCACGUCACUGAAGACAGUGUCAAGUUCAAGCACUGCAAUCACACAAGGUUGGGAAGAAUAUAUAUUUUAUCUAGGGCUUUAUGAGAAACAUAUAUUUUCUAAUUGCCCAAAGUUGGAUGAGAAUGCACGAAGCAACAUAAUGGGUGAUGCACAGCUCAGAAUUAUGCGAAUGGCAACUGCGUCUUCAAAGUUUAAAGAAGACAGAAUUGAACAACCAUCAUAUGAUUCAGAUAAUAGCUAUGAUGAUUUUGAGGGAUCUUUCGUUGCCAUUAGAUGUCCUGGGAGUGAAAUUCCAAAUUGGUUCAGCCAUAAAAGUGAGGGAUGUUCAAUAAAGAUUGAGCUUCCUCCUGAUUGGUGUAGCACAGAUUUCUUGGGUUUCGCUCUAUCUCUUGUUGUUAUUGACAAUGAUCUAUGGGAUAGGGAUCCGCACGUUAUAUGCAACUACAACUUCAAAACUAGUAAUGGUGAAGUCCACCAUCCUUCGUGUGAUCUGCGCUUGGAUACUAUGGGGUUUGAAAGCAUAGAUUCACAUGAGGUGUUUGUGUGGUGAUAUGAUAAUGUCUUUGAAGAAGACGUAGAGGAUGUCUUUGAAGAAGAAGAAGAGGAUGUCUCUGAAGAAGAAGUAGAGGAUGUCUCUGAAGAAGAAGUAGAGAGAGCUCAAAGCCCCACUGCGUUUUACAAACUUGUUACUGAGGUCAAUGUUGACAUAAUCGUCACUGAUCGUUAUGGUGGCCCACUCUUUUCGAAAUGGGGGAUAUGUCUGUUGUAUGGCAAAGAUGGUGAGAUGAUAAAGCAGAGGGCUUUGUAGAUCAAGCCGAUAUCCCUAAAUUCAAAAUUUCAUUUUAUU